AGGAAAUAAAUCUAGACUAUCUAAAACAUGUUUGGACGGUCCGAAUAGACCGAAAAGUACAACCUCGUGGUAUCAACUCGGCACCCAAAAACUUCUCAUUCCUCACACAGAAUUCCAACCACAAAUAUCCCAUCUUCUUUAGCAUAUGCCCUCACCUUAUGAUUGCUCUUCCAACUUAUAUAGCAUAGAUCUAACACUACUACUGCAUUUCCAACCAAAAAUGGACUCCAAAUCUAAGUCACCCAUGACCAAAAAUGACAAGCUACACAUAGUUAUGUUCCCAUGGCUAGCUUUUGGCCACAUGAUUCCAUUCCUAGAACUCUCCAAGCUCAUAGCCCAAAAGGGUCACAGAGUCACCUUCGUUUCAACCCCCCAAAACAUCGAUCGUCUCCCGAAAUUACCUCCAAAUCUAUCCCCGCGCCUCACUCUCGUGAAGAUUCCAUUGCCCCAUGUCGAAAAACUCCCCGAAAACGCGGAGGCCACCGUCGAUUUGCCGUACGACAAGAUCAAGUACCUCAAAAUGGCCUAUGAUCAACUCGAACAGCCCAUCACUCAACUUCUACACAACGCUUCUCCCGAUUGGGUUAUUUACGAUUUCGCGUCUUACUGGGUAGGCCCUGCUGCGGCCAAACUCGGCAUUUCAAGCGCCUAUUUCAGUAUUUUCAUCGCUACCUCCUUAUGCUUUUUUGGUCCUUCGAAAGUCUUGAUGGGAAUGAGAGGCGACAGCCGCACGAAGCCCGAGGACUUCACCGUCCAGCCGAAGUGGGUCCCCUUUGAAUCCACUGUCGCAUUUCGAUUAUUCGAGAUCAAUCGAAUAUUUGAUGACGUCACAGGGGAUGAUGAGAAUAUUCCUGCAACGUAUCGUUUAGGAGCGGCUAUCGACGGCUGCGAUGUUGUGGCAGUCAGAAGCUCUUACGAGUUUGAGCCUGAGUGGCUACAACUUCUUCCAAAGAUUAAUCAAAAACCGGUUAUUCCAGUGGGGCUGCUUCCUCCAAUGCCUCCGGAUCAUGAUUCUGUCGACGACACAAAGGAAUGGAGAACAAUAAAAGAGUGGCUUGACAAGCAGCCGAAAAGGUCGGUGGUCUACGUUGCUUUCGGGAGCGAGGCAAAGCCAAGUCAAGAUGAACUCACUGAGAUAGCUCUUGGACUGGAGCAAACUGGGUUUCCGUUCUUCUGGGCUCUGAGAAAGAAGCAAGGCCUGGCCGAUACCGAGGCGGUAGAGCUUCCGGACGGGUUUGAGGAGAGGACCAAGGGACGGGGAAUCGUGUGCACGAGCUGGGCGCCUCAACUCGAGAUACUGAGUCACGAUUCAGUGGGUGGGUUCUUCACUCACUCAGGGUGGAGCUCGGUGGUGGAGGCGAUACAGUUCGAGAAGCCUCUGAUUUUAUUGAGUUUCUUGGCAGAUACAGGACUGAUUGCGAGGGUUUUGGAGGAGAAAAAGAUGGGCUACGUGGUGCCGAGAGAUGACCGGGACGGGUCGUUCACGAGUGACUCGGUGGCUGACUCAGUGAGAUUGGUGAUGGUUGAGGAAGGGGGAAAGAUAUACAGGGAUAAGGUUAGAGAGGCAAAGGGGCUGUUUGUUGACAGAGAUACACAAGACAAGUAUGUGAAUGGGUUGUUGGAUUACUUUAAGACGCACUCACAAGAGCAUAAGGCAUAAGAGCAUGUACACCAAGCUAGGUAUACAUGCACUUUAAGCUAUUUUACCUAUGGAAAACAAGAAAGUUCGCAUGCACCAGAGUCGGUCAACACUGCGCCAGAAUUGCUCCGGCUCCCACACCUCUGUAUUUCUAGCGAUUCACUAUUCACAAGCAAUACAUAUUUUAUUACUUUUUGGGCCAGGUGCCCUCCAUUACUCUCUCUUUCAUACCUCUUGUUGUCUCUCAUCUGUUAAUAUUAUUUCAUAUUUAAUGAAUAGAGAGAAUUUGAGA